UUACACUGGGUGAGGUUUGAAGUUCGAGGAAUUCAAACUUAUUGAUUGCACCUGAACUGAAGCCACUUUCUCAGUCUUGACACUCAGCAGACAUCGCAGGCUUGAAAAAAAAAAGCCCCUCCUUAGCUGCCAUGACAACGAUGAACGGAAUGGAACAGACCAUAUCAAUACCUGGUCCUGGAAUGUCCUUCCCAGUACCUUCCCAGCCAGGGAAGUCUGCUACUCUACAUUCAUAUUUGUGGAAAGGGAUGCCAGAGAAAUUCUUAAAGGGAGAGCCAAAAAUCCUUGGGGUUGUACAGAUCCUUAUUGCCCUGGCAAAUCUCAGCUUUGGAAUAAUAAUGAUGUGUACCACAUUUCCUUUUAAUGAACCGGUUCCCUUUAUAGCAUACACUGGGUAUACGAUUUGGGGGUCUGUGAAGUUCAUUAUUUCAGGAUCUUUGUCAAUUGCAACAGCAAAGAGAACUACAAAAGGACUGGUCCGAGGUAGCCUAGGAGUGAACAUCAUUAGCUCUGUCUUGGCUGGAAUAGGGAUCAUACUGAGUGCAAUCAGCUUGAGUGCUUUUCCAUUCCAUUAUCGUUACUGUCACUAUUUUAACGCGUUAGACAAUUGUUCCAUGGUAGCAUUUAUUUUAAUGGGACUAGAUGCAGUAGUGCUCAUCUUAAGUGUGCUGGAAUUCUGUAUUGCGAUAUCCCUCUCAGCCUUUGGGUGCAAAGUAAUCUGUUGUAAUCCUGCUGGAGUUGUAUUCAUUAUGCCAUCAAAUUCCCACACGGCAGAAAUAGUAUCUACUGAACAGAUCACAGGCAACUUGAUGCCAGCAACGGAUCAACAGAAGAAUGUUCCAGAAGAGUUAUGCUGAUAAUUGUGUUUAAACCCCACUUGAAAGCAUAUAUAAUUUAAAUCAUGUUCCUUUUAUCCUGCUUCACAAGAACUCAUCAACUCGUUUCAUUGGCAUUUCAUCAACAAUAGUAAAAGUUAA